UAGUCACAAAAGAUGGUAUUAUGAGCUCAGACAUUUUGCUUUUCAAUAAUGGCAUUCAAACAGUCUACAUUAAAGGCCCAGAUACCUAUAGGAUGUCAGUUUUGUGAAGGAGAAACGAAGAUCGAAUGGAAAUGUCUGGAUUGUUCAUUAUUGAUGUGUACUAGAUGUAAAGAAAAAGUCCAUCUAAAAAUUAAAAGUGCCAGUGAUCACAGAAUUAUAAAUAUAAAAGAUGUAGGGUUUUGUCAAGAAUCAAAGGAACAUUUCAAACUCAGUGACAUUAAAUGUCAAGAACAUGCUGGACAGGUCUGUUGUUUGUUUUGUCAAACUUGUAAACAAUUUAUCUGUCUGAAGUGUCUGACUAAAUUUCACAGGGGUCAUGAAGUAUUGGAAGAAGAGGAGUAUAAUUCAGAAAUGAUCAGACAGGAACUAAGCAAGCUAACUGUCUUAAGUAAACCUCAAGUAAUGAAAACUGAUAAAGCUAAUAUCAAAAUUAAAGUUGACACAAAAUUUGUUACAGAUCUUAGUCGUAUUUAUUCUCUGGUUUACUGCCAGGAUGAUUCAGUUUGGAUAGCAGACAACAGAAAUACAGUUCAACAUAUCAAAAUUGAACAAAACAAAAUUGACGUUAUAUCACGAUUUAAUAUGAUUGUAUGGGACAUGGCAAUUACUUCUACUAAUGAUAUCCUUAUAUCAGACGGAGGAACACUGCUGAAGAUGAUGAAUGCAGGAACUGGACAGAUAACUCACACAAUAUACGACAUUGCACCACUAACAACAUGCAGAAUACAUAUAACCAGAGAUGAUAGAGUCAUUAUUGGAGCUAUACCUUCAGGGAAAAUAUUCCCUGCUAAAGGAAAACGUGUAGUCAUAAUGAUGGAUUUAAGAGGAAAUCAUCUGACCGAAUUUGAAUACGACAAGACCAACAAACCAUUGUUUACUUAUCCUUAUAGGAUUACCACUACCAGUCACGGUAAUAUAUGUGUGGUGGAUAAGUUAGAUGAAACACGCAGAGGUAGAGUGAUAAUACUGGGACAAUCAGGACAAGUGGUACAAAUAUACACUGGUCAUCCUGAUGUAAACACUGAAGAUAGACCAUUUAAACCUUCUGAUAUACUUACAACACCCUUAGAUAAUGUUAUUGUGGCUGAUAGCAAGAACCAUGCACUACAUAUCUUACAGAGUGAUGGACAAAUCAUAACUUACUACAGGGUUAAUCAUAUAGGAAUACGAGGACUAUAUUCUCUUGCUCUAUCUACACCAGGACAUUUUUAUAUAGGGAAUUAUACAUCAGAUGGGAGUCAGGAAAACAAAGCUAAACUUUAUGAAUUAAAGUACUCUGGAUUUUAAUGAUAAAACUGGUUAAUUAACAAAAUUGUACAAGGGGUAAUGGCAUUAAAAAGACGUGUUUGCAAGCAAGACUUGUCUCAAACACUUGGAUAAGUGUCACAGAAUCACGAUAAGAGAUAAGGUCAAUUUGAGAUCGAUAUAUUCACUGAGAUAUCUUUUUGGAACACUAGGAUUAAAUAAUAACAAAACAUGACAUUAAACAAUGUAAAAUAAAGAUUUAUUGAUUGUUAAACAAA